UCGAAUGACAUAUUCAUAUUCACCAACCGCCCACUACAUACCAUUUCCGGGGGAGCCAUCCGUACACUUGUUAAUAACAAGUGCAAUUUAUCUGAACGUCAAAUCAUUGACAAUCUAACAAAUGGAUUUCAAAGGAUAGAUCAAUUAGAGAGUGAAUUAAAUGGAUUACUUCCGUUGGGGCAUCCGUUGUUAGCAAAGUUCAUGUGGUCUCAAGUAUUAUCACAAAAUUUGUCAAGAUUAUCGCAAAAUCAAUUUGCUACAAAACAUUAUCUGGAAAAGCAAAUUAAACCUGCCAUAACAGAAGACUUGGAAGUAUUAUUGGAUUAUAUUAAGAACAAGGCCUUGAAUGAAGAAAAAAGUAGAUUACAAAAUUGGAUUAUGGCUUAUCAGAUGGAUACACAAACUCUUAUAGAAUCGAUAAUUUUAUACGCUCAAAUUAACUUGCUCAAUAAUAACGAUGAACUUGAUUCUAUGAUCUCGUAUCUCUGUCCUUCGUUAUUUUCGGAAACUGCACAAUUUCAUUCUCCGUUAUCUGUAAAAGUACUUCGAAUUAAUUUAGCAAAUCAAGCAGUUGGUUGCGUUUUAGUUGGAAUGAGAAAGAUCGAAUAUGUUCAGGAUUCUUUAUCCGCUUUAGAAUUAAGCGAUGAUGAUUAUUUAACUAUCGAAGCACUAGAUGAUAUUUAUGCGACGAACCUUAUUACUUUCGAUCGUAAGAUGGGCUUAGACUUGGAUGCUUGCAUUUCUCAGCUUCUUCAAAAACAACUUUUGGCAGAAACUCUUCUCAAAGAAAUUUGUGAAAAAACCAAAGAGUUGUUAAUGAACGAAAGCAACUGCGUUUCGAUUUCGGCUCCCGUCACCGUAGAAAGUGUUGGCGAUAUUCACGGGCAAUUUUACGAUCUUAUAGAAAUAUUUCGAAUCGGAGGAUAUUGCCCAUAUACAAACUAUCUCUUCCUUGGCGACUAUGUGGAUAGGGGACUUUUUAGCGUGGAAACGAUAUCUCUGUUGACUUGCCUGAAAUUACGUUAUCCUCAUAGAGUUCAACUGGUUCGAGGAAAUCAUGAAUCAAGAGCAGUAACUCAGACCUACGGAUUUUAUACUGAAUGCGUAAGAAAAUAUGGUUCGACAAACGUUUGGCACUACUUUACUGAUAUGUUUGAUUAUCUCACGUUAUCAGUGGUAAUUGACGAUAGGAUCUUCUGCGUACACGGAGGGCUAUCUCCAUCAAUACAUAGCAUCGAUCAAAUAAAAAUUCUGGAUAGAUACAGAGAGAUUCCACACGAAGGCCCAAUGGCAGACUUGGUUUGGUCCGAUCCUGAUCCAGACAAGGAAGAAUUUUCCAUUUCACCAAGAGGUGCUGGUUACACCUUUGGAGGAUUGGUUGUCAAAAAAUUUCUUGAGAUAAAUAAGAUGGAACAUAUUCUUCGCGCGCAUCAACUUUGUAUGGAAGGAUAUCAGGUUCUCUACGAUGAUCGUUUAUCAACUGUAUGGUCUGCGCCAAAUUAUUGUUAUCGUUGUGGAAACAUGGCUUCAAUUUUGGAAGUUGGUGUAGAUGGGCAAAGAUUUUUUAAUGUGUUUGACGCAGCACCUGAAAAUGAGAGGGAUGGUCCUACACAACAACUGUCUAUAGAGAAGAAAGAAAAAGUUCAUUAUUUUCUGUGA